UCCCUCGCUGAGGUAAACACACGGAUGCUGCGGACACGCUGCGGACAAGUAACACCCCGUGGAUUCAAGCACAUCAGUGAGACACACCGAUGUGUUCGUUUUCCUGAGAUUACUUUCUCUAUGCAAAGUCACACAGCACACUGAGCGCGGAUUAGUGGAGUGUCUCUUUUAGUGUUUCCUUCCUUAGUGUCGCAGGAACAGAAUGGCGGGUUUAGAGAUGCAGACAAAAACACACGAGGUCGGAGUUUUCUUAGAGCUGAGGAGGAGGCUCCGCACUGGACUCCUCAUCGUCAGGAAACAUGGAGCUGGAAGUCCUGCUGAUGUGGUUGUGACAGGUGGAGAUUCAGCCCUCUGCGUCCGGACUCUGCAAGGUGACCUGAGCCUGGGUUUGCCACCAGGAGUCACCUUGGAGCCGGGAUCCUGCAUUCCUACAUCUGCAGGAAAAUCCUGCGAAGAGGAGCUACAUUACAGACUGCGCAUCAAUGUUGCAAAGAGCUCAGAUGAAGAGGCUGCUGACAGUGUGAUGGAGACGCUACGGGCAAAAGAGACUUAUUGCUUCCACUGCCAAGGCUGCAUGACCAGGCUGCUGGAGGACAGAGUGUUUAAGAGAGUGCUUCCUCUCCCUAAUGGAAACUGGAACGCCAUUGUGGACGACUGGUGUUGCCACCCGGAUCCGUUUGCCAAGGAGAAGUUGCUGCCCAGAGCAGAGGACUGUUUACUGGGCGACACUUUCCUCCUUGUAGCCAGAGAUGACAGCUGUGGUCAGACUCUGACAGAGGAAGUGAGCCCAGUCAGCACAGAGGACAGUCAAGAGUCAAAGAAACCCUGCCGCCGACUGGCACUCAUCUCCUGUCAGAGCUGUUCUGAAGUGCUGGGAGAAGCCAUCGCACCAGGGACCCUGAAACUGUACUUCACACAGGUGUUGGUGGAGCCUGCAGUGGGAGACAGGAAGACAGAGGCCUCAAUGAAGAGAUCUGUCUUUGUGGAGAGGACAAUAGCAGCCAGACUGUUGGAGCUGUCCAACUCACUGAGCACCUUCCACUUCUCUGUCCAAACUCCUGAUGAAAAACCCUUCUUAUUGCUCUGGCUAUUGAACAGCGACUCCAUCAUGGCGUCAGUCCCAGAGACGUGUGACGGGGCUCUUCACAGUCCAUCACCCAGAGCUGCCAGAGCCCUGAAACUGCUCUACGUAGCCUGCUCCAACCUGGGCAUCAUGCAGAGAGAAAUUGUAACUAGUUGGGAGGUCAAUGUCAUCGGACAUCCUGUGGUGCUGCCGCAGAAGGUGUGCGAGGAGCUGCAGCAAGUGAUAGAUGACAGCAAUUCUACACUUCCUGCGUCGAUGCGUCACAUGAGGUCCUAUGAGGUGGCGUACCUGAAACUCUGAGGUGAAAGAGUCAAAAACCCAGGAGGUCAUGACUACUCAUCACUCUUGGUGGAGAAUUCAAGAAGAUGGCUUAAAGUGAAACGUGUUUGUAUGUCAAGGUGAUAUCCUGCACAGAUUUCCAGUAAUGAAUAAGAGAAGAAGAAUAUGCAGCUAAUGUGGAAUAACUUGUCUGGAGUUGUCUAGUUGUGGUUUCUGGUUGCCUCUGUUCACAUGUUUAGCAAUGAAUCAUCUCCUGCAAGCAGAUUUAUGUUAACAUGGGUUGUUGCCAGGCUGUUUUAUGUUAACAGACAUCCAGAUAAUGCCAAACUUGAAGAAAAUGUCCUCAUCAAACUUUUUUAUUCACAAUGUUUGAUCCAAAUGUGUAAUUAUCCUUGUAUAAGUGUAGUGACUAAUGCCUGUAUUUGUACAGUUCAAACAGUUUGUCCAUUUCAAAACUCUUGAUUUGUAUAUUUCUUACCAUGGGCAAGUAAAACAUAAUAAACU